UUCUAGAACCAAACUCUCGUUAACGCGUGUUUUUUUUGUUUUUUGAUCCCAGAACCUACCGAACCGAACCCAGUGGGAGCUUUAACGAACCUUCUGUAUUCGUCUUAGAAUGAGAGUGGAAACUCUUCAAAAGCUUAAAGAAUUUUUUUUCUCAAUACCUUUAUUAUUAAAACGUAUUUGAAAUUUAUCGACGUUAAUUUACGAAAUAACGUUGAAUAAAGUAUAAUCAAUGGAGUUAGACGAUGAAGGGUCAGCUCCAAGUUAUUCAAGUAGCUCAGACAGUAGUACUGAGGAAGAUAUUGAAAUUAUAGAUAAUUACGAGAUUGAAAAAUUUGCAGGAAAUAAAAAAGACAAAAAAAAUAGUGCGAUUAAUGAGGUUGAUAAAAAGGAAAAAGUUUAUUUGCCUGGAACCCAAUUAGAAGAAGGUGAAGAGUUAGUGGCAGAUAAAUCUGCUUAUUGCAUGCUUCACCAAGCACAGACUGAAGCACCAUGCCUUAGUUUUGAUGUAAUUAAAGACAGAUUUGGAGAUUUGAGAGAAAAAUACCCUCUAUCCAUGUAUUUGCUGGCUGGUACUCAAGCAGCCAGAACGAACGUAAACAAUUUACUAGUAAUAAAAAUGUACAAUCUUCAUGGCAAAAAAUUGAAAAACCCUGACUCUGAUUCUGAUGAAAGUAUAAAGUAUGAUUCUGAAGAAAGCAGUGAACAAAACGAAGAUGAAGAAGCCAACAAAGCUUCUGACAAUGAGAUAGAAAAAGUUUAUUUGCCUGGAACCCAAUUAGAAGAAGGUGAAGAGUUAGUGGCAGAUAAAUCUGCUUAUUGCAUGCUUCACCAAGCACAGACUGAAGCACCAUGCCUUAGUUUUGAUGUAAUUAAAGACAGAUUUGGAGAUUUGAGAGAAAAAUACCCUCUAUCCAUGUAUUUGCUGGCUGGUACUCAAGCAGCCAGAACGAACGUAAACAAUUUACUAGUAAUAAAAAUGUACAAUCUUCAUGGCAAAAAAUUGAAAAACCCUGACUCUGAUUCUGAUGAAAGUAUAAAGUAUGAUUCUGAAGAAAGCAGUGAACAAAACGAAGAUGAAGAAGCCAAAUUUCCUAAAAUGAGGGUUGCUUCAAUCAAACAUCAAGGAUGUGUUAAUAGAGUUAGAUGUUCACCAGUUGGGAAUACUAUACUUGCUGCAAGUUGGAGUGAACUAGGACGAGUUUCACUGUGGAAUUUAUCUGAGCAAUUAAAAGCUGUUGAUAAUAAGGGAGCCCUAAGUUCAUAUGAAAAGAAAUCUGAAAAAAAUGAUACUUGUGUAAAGCCACUUUUUACUUUUAAAGGACAUACAAUUGAAGGUUAUAGUCUGGACUGGUCUUCUGCAGAACCUGGUACAUUAGCUACAGGUGAUUGCAACGGAAAUAUUCAUAUCUGGAGAUGCUCUGACAAUGGAGGAAAUUGUUCAUGGCAUGUUGACCAGAGGGCUUACAAUUCUCAUGCUCCGUAUAGUGUCGAAGAUCUUCAGUGGAAGCCUGAUGAACAACAUGUGUUGGCAUCGUGUUCUGUUGAUAAAAGUAUUAAAAUUUGGGACACAAGAACAAGUUCUCAGAGCACUUCUAUGCUAACCGCCGCAGAAGCUCACUCAUCAGAUGUAAAUGUUAUAUCCUGGAACAAGAAUGAAACACAGUUUAUAGUUUCCGGUGGUGAUGAUGGCGUAUUACGAGUGUGGGAUUUACGUCAGUUCAACACCAACAGGGCCUCUCCUGUGGCUGUAUUUAAGCAGCACACAGCUCCAAUAACGACAGUAGAAUGGCAUCCUUACGAAGCUACAAUUCUUGCUUCAGGGGGAGCUGAUGAUGUAAUAUCACAGUGGGACUUAUCCGUAGAAGUGGAUCAAACUGGAAAUGAUUUAGACAAAACUGUUGCCCAGCUUCCCCCACAACUACUUUUUAUUCAUCAAGGCCAGAGUGACGUGAAAGAAUUACAUUGGCAUCCGCAAUGUCCAGGUGUUGUUAUUUCUACAGCUCAUUCUGGUUUCAAUAUAUUUCGUACAAUAAGUGUUUGAUAUUUUUUGUUAUGAAAGUGUACGCUAAAUAAUUUUUUCU